UAUAAAAAAGAUUUAAAACAAAAAGAAAAAAAAUAUAGUGAGAGAAAGGAAAAAGAAUGGAAGGAAAGAGCGAGGGGGAGAGAGAGAGAGAGAGAGAGAGAGAGAGAGAGAAAGAGAGAUUGGGUUCACCGAGUAAAGGAUCAAACGAGUUGGGUGACCGAAUCAAAUAUACAAAUAACAAAGCAUUGAGCCUUUAAAAUCCUAACCCAAAACCAAAAAAGAAAAAAAGAAAAGAAAUUUAUACAGGGGUGGUGGUGUGGUAAUAGCCAAAAAGAGAUGGAGAACGAGAAGGAGAUAAUUAGUCCAUCUCUAACCCUUUACCUCUCUCAUUCCCGUUCUCAUCAUUGUUGUUGUCUUCCUUCUUUGUUUAACCCUAACUUUAUAUUAUAUCUAUCUAUUACCAUAACCAAACAACACCCACAAUUUUCUUUUUUUUUAUUCUCCUUUUUUCCUCUUCUUCUUCUUCUAUCUAUUCUUUCUCUCUGUCCCUUUUUCUCUUGCUUCUCUCCGCGUUUGCUUUCUUCUCUGGUUUCUUUUCCAGCAUUUUCAAGACCUUUGGAACAUGUGAUUUUGUUAUGGUUUUUGUUCAUCUCCUGAUCUGAGUGGAAUCAACACAGAAACUGUGCUAUAACAAAUUUUUAUUCAUGGAAGAGUUUGGUAUUUGUCGGUUUGACAUCAUUGGAAAUGCUGCAAGGAAGAAACGGACUCAAACAUCUCGCCGGCCUAAGCCCGAGUCACAGCCACUCAUUGACAGUCGUCAUCAUUCAUCAUCCUCAUCGACGACACCACCUUCAGGUGAUAUUGAUAAGUCUUCCAGUGAUGAAAAUGUCAAUUCUAGUUCUAGGAGGAAAGAGUUCAAUCUUAAUCAAUGCAUGUCAUGGAAUAAGGAGAGUGAAGGAUCUGAUGCAUUCUAUAGUAAUGAUUCAGGGCGAAGUGCAUUUAGCAAUAAACGCUCUAGUGAAGGUGUCCUUGCCCCUGCUAAUUGGAAAAACACAAGCAAGGUGAAGGAAUCUUUUGAAGCGGAGUCAAUAAAUGCAAAUAUCUAUUCUGGUAGAAAUGGUGAAAGUCAAAGUUUAGAGCAGUCAGGAGUGCUUGUAGACUCAUUAGGAAAUGAGAAUAAAGUAAAAAAGGUUAAGCUAAAGGUUGGUGGUGUCACACGCACUAUUCAUGCCAACUCGACAACUAAUGGUUCUACAAAUAAUUCUCGAUUCUCAGAAAAUUCCAGAUUAAAGCAUAAGCUUCAGGGGAACUCAGAGCAAUACCAUUCAAUUUUAGAAAAGAGGACUGGAUUGCAAGGAGUUCCUUGGAAGGAUUUCUGUACAAGUGGAUUUAGUCUUGGGAAAGAGAGCUCUUCUAUGGGGAAGAUAUCUGAGAAGAACGCGUUUGGAAAACAAGGAGAGAAAUCUGAAACAGCUCGCAAAAGCAAGCGGGUCCCCAAGAGACGUGUAUUGGAUGAGGAAAUUGGUGAAGAUUACGAGGAUGAUGAGAUACGAUAUCUGGAAAAACUUAAAACUCCAAAGAUUGCUGCCAGAUAUAAAGAUAAUGAAAAAUCAAGCAGGAAACAGCAAAGGCUUUCCAGCUUGGAAAGUGUUGGUGCUUUAAAAUUGGCUAAAAAUGGAAAGAAGAAGUCCUCAUUGGACCGGGCAUCAGAGGAUACAGGUUAUGAGGAAGAAGAAGAUCUGGCAUCUGAGGGUGAGCUUGAAGGCAAUAACAGGAAGAAGCAGAAAAAGGAAUCUGUUGAUGUGUUGAUGGAUAGUAAGAGAGAGAUGACUCUAACCACGCGUCAACGGGCACUUCAGUCUAGCAGAGAUGGAUCUACAUCUGCUGCUAACUUAAUUGAGUUUCCAAAUGGAUUACCACCUGCACCAUCAAGAAAACAAAAGGAGAAACUUACAGAAUUAGAGCAGCAACUAAAGAAGGCUGAGGCCGCUCAAAAGCGCAGAAUACAAGUUGAAAAUGCUGAAAGGGAAUCUCAGGCUGAGGCUAUUCGAAAAAUACUUGGUCAAGAUUCCAGCAGGAAGAAGCGAGAAGAGAAAAUAAAGAAGCGCCAAGAAGAAUUGGCACAGGAGAAGGCUGCUAAUGCCCUGACGCUUCCGUCAAACACCAUCAGAUGCGUCAUGGGUCCUACUGGGACUGUCAUGACAUUCUCCAAUGACAUGGGACUCCCUGGUAUAUUUGAGUCUAAACCCUGCAGCUAUCCUCCUCCACGGGAGAAGUGUGCAGGCCCUUCCUGUUCUAAUCCAUACAAGUAUAGAGAUUCCAAGUCGAUGCUUCCGCUUUGCAGUUUACAGUGCUAUAAGACAGUUCAGGAGCAAAUGCAAGCUGAAGGCAGCUGCUGAUUUUGUGAAGAUCUUAUCCUACUGCAGGCUGAAGAUAUAUUUUUUGCACAUCUAUGCUUUAAUGUUUUUGGCAUAUUAACUAUAUUAGGGCAGUGAAAGAGCAAUUUUGAGAGAGUGAGAUAGUAGAUGGUGGUUUAUACAAAGGAUGGUAGUUCAUGUGCUGUCCCCUAUCCAGCUUAAUCUUAAGUAAUAUCUAUAAAUGAAAAGUCGGCUUAAUUUUUGCUAAA